AUGAUGGCAAACAAAGUCUUUCCGUUGAUCAUGACAUCAAAAGAAAACUAUGUUUUGAAAGCUGAAAAUGUAGAAGAAUCACACUUGUGGCAUAUGAGAUACGGACAUCUAAAUCAAAGAAGUCUACAGCUCUUACAUCAGAAAGAUAUGGUGGUUGGCCUUCCUUCUAUUCAGUCUGAGAAAGCAAUAUGUGAAGGUUGUAUUUUUGGAAAAUUCCACCGCUUAAUAUUUUCACAAUCAACAUGGAAAGCAAGAGCCCCUCUUGAGUUGGUACAUGCAGAUAUAUGCGGGCCGACUCGAACACCAUCUUUUAAUGGCAAGAAAUACUUUCUUCUCUUUGUUGAUGACUAUAGCAGGAUGAUGUGGGUUUAUUUUCUAGAACAAAAGUCAAAAGCAUUCUCUUUUUUCAAGCAAUUUAAAGCCUAUGGAGAGAAACAAAGUGGAUACAAUCUCAAGACAUUGAGAACUGAUCGUGGUGGAGAAUUCACAUCAAAUGAAUUUUCAGAAUUUUGCAAAAGAAAUGGAAUAAAAAGAGAAUUGACGGCAAGCUACACUCCACAACAAAACGGUGUUGCGGAACGAAGAAAUCGAACCAUUGUGGAAAUGGCAAGAAGCAUGUUAAAAGCAAAAGGUCUGCCAAAUGUGUUUUGGGCUGAAGCAAUUCAUACUCAGUGUUUAUUCUCAACAGGUCACCUACCAAGUCUGUCAAGGAUAUGA